AUAAGGGUUGUGACAACAUAUCCUUCGUGACAUCCAUACCUUCGUUUUUGGAAAUAUACAGUUUUGUCAGAGAUAUACCUGGUUUUAUUCUAAACUUUACUGUCAGCAAAAAACGUCAUCUGCUAAUCGCUUGAAAAUUAAAUACACAAAUCGUUUUUGCAGAUAAAGAAAUAAUAUGUCGGACUGGGGAGAAGAAAAUUGGGAUGAUGAGACACAGAACGUAGUUAAAGCGCCCGAAAUUCGGAAAAGUAACCAAAAUAAUCACUAUAACACAGCUGGUAAUGAUCGGAGAAAUAGUUCAAAUCAACAUCAAUACUCGGAUACGGGCAGAAAGCGGACAUCCCAAGUUCAAAACUACAGAGAAAAAAUAAAUAUUCCGCAUGACUGCGUUGGACUGAUUAUAGGUCGCGGAGGAUCCAAUAUACAACGCAUUCAAAACAAUUACAAUGUGCGAAUAGAUCUCGAUAAAAGAACUGGGUCAGCUUCGAUUGAGGGGCAAAAUGAAGAAAAUGUAAAAGAUGCUUAUAAUUAUAUAGAACGUCAGUUGAAUUCAGGUUCAAGAAAUAACAAUGGUAUUGGUCAUAGCAAACAGACCGACUUCAUGUAUAAAGUAGAACAACAAGAGGAAAUAAUAAAUAAAAAUGAUAAAGAUAUUCCGAAUGAGGAUGCUCCAAUCGAUUGGGAGGCUAUGGUGAAAAAAUCAAAAGAAGCAAGCGCAAGACGUUGGGCUCAAUUGCCCCCCUUGACAAAAAAUUUCUAUAUAGAAGAUUGUGAAGUUACAAAUUUAACUACCGAAGACGCACAACGUAUACGAAAGGAAAACAACAACAUAACAGUAUCACGUGUAUUUAAGGAAGAUGGCGUUCCGGAAAAUAUUCCAAAUCCGAUUUGGAAGUUUGAGCAGUGUUUUGCAGCUUAUCCCGAUUUGUUAGAGGAGAUAAACAAACAAAAGUUUGCGAAACCAUCGCCCAUUCAAUCACAAGCAUGGCCAAUUUUAUUAAAAGGAGAGGAUAUGAUUGGUAUUGCCCAAACUGGUACCGGUAAAACACUAGCUUUCUUGUUGCCCGCCAUGAUUCAUACUGAGUACCAAAGUACACCGCGUUCAGAGCGCGGCGGACCCAACGUACUGGUCCUUGCGCCAACACGCGAACUGGCUUUGCAGAUUGAAAAAGAAGUUCAUAAAUAUUCAUUCCGCGGCAUGAAAGCCGUAUGUGUAUAUGGCGGAGGGAAUCGCCGAGAUCAAAUAAACAACGUCCAAAGUGGUGUUGAAAUAAUCAUUUGUACUCCAGGUCGCCUUAAUGAUUUAAUCGAAGCCAAUGUCAUUGAUGUGUCUAGUGUUACUUAUUUGGUACUGGAUGAAGCAGACCGUAUGUUAGAUAUGGGCUUUGAACCACAAAUACGUAAAGUGUUGCUAGAUAUACGCCCCGAUAGGCAAACAGUUAUGACCAGCGCUACCUGGCCCCCAGGAGUUCGACGUCUGGCACAAAGUUACAUGAGUAAUCCUAUACAAGUGUGCGUAGGUUCACUAGAUUUGGCAGCCACACACACAGUUAAACAAAUUAUCGAAAUAAUGGACGAAGGGGAUAAAUAUUUUGCCAUUCAGAGUUUUUUAAAAAAUAUGCAGAAAAAUGAUAAAGCUAUAAUAUUUUGUGGAAAGAAGACGCGAGCUGAUGAUUUGUCCAGCGAUUUAACAAUUGAAGGACAUAUGUGUGCCGCCAUUCAUGGUUCCCGAGAACAGUCUGAUCGCGAGCAAGCGAUUGCAGAUAUAACCUCAGGAUAUAUUAAGAUAUUAAUAGCCACAGAUGUUGCUUCCAGAGGAUUAGAUAUCGACGACAUAACACAUGUGAUCAAUUUUGAUUUUCCUCGCAACAUUGAGGAAUAUGUGCACCGCGUUGGUCGAACCGGUCGUGCUGGCCGCACCGGAACGUCGAUAAGUUAUAUUACUCGUAGUGACUGGGGUGUUGCCAAGGAACUAAUAAGUAUUCUGGAAGAAGCUGAUCAAGAUGUUCCAUCCGAACUUCGUGAAAUGGCUGCCCGUUUCAAAUCGAUGAAGGAUCGGCGUGCAAACGAAUUAUCACAAUGCAAUUUCCGUGAUCGGAAUGGAGCCGGGAGUCGCGGUUACAAUGGAGGUUUUCGUGGUGGUAACGGUGGCGGACGCUACUAAACAAGUUAAUCACUUUCGCACAAAAUAUUAUAUUUUUUAUUGAAUUUUUACAUACCUCUAUAUGAAUUGAAGCGUGGACUUUUUUGAUUUGAUUUUUAAUACAAUGUUGUAUUGUAUGCAAGUGAUCGAAAUAUUA